UUUCACAGUCUGCAUCUUGGACUCUCAGCCGGCGGACCUGACGCUCUUAACCCGGGAUGGAAGUUUGCGGAACGUCUGAAAACAAAGGAAACGUCCCGAAACUGCAUGAAAACACAGAACUGUGUCAGGAAGAGAGUGAAAUGGAGCUUCGCAAACAGAGAGAAUAAAAAGGGCUUGAUCCCAAAUCCUCCAGCAAGAACGCAAGCCUUCAAGUGCUUAACCCCCGCGUAAAAUUGAUGCGUCAUUGAGAGAGACCAGAGGCAGACGCACAGCCAAUAGCAAGGAUCGCAAAACAAAAACAGAAUUUAAAGGACAUUCUUGAGCAGAGACCGUGGGGAGUUUCAAGAGAGGUUGGCAAAGAAUCUGUGCCGAAAGAAAUGUUUGUUUAUCACCAAUUGCAAUCGGCCCAGCAACCAGGAAACGAAGCGAUUCUGCACAGCCCUGCCUUCGGCAAGCACUUCGAUCCCAGUCUAACUUGCAGUAGGAUGCAUUUUAGCACAGUGACAAGGGACAUGGAAGCCUUUACCGCCAACAGCAUUAGUAGCCUGAACUCGUCCGGAGCUUACCACCUCCCGCCUUCUCCCGGGGAUCCCGGUCCUUACAGCCAGGAAGCGCAUUACGAGUCCUGCCCGGCCGCCCAGCACAACAGCUACAGCAGCUUCGGCGGUGGCGGCGGCGGCGGCGGCGGGGGCUCGGCGCCCUCCUCGGAAAACAGCAGCGGCGACCCUUCCAACUGCUCCUCGAUCACCGCAUCCAGCAAAGCGCCGGUCAAGAAGAACCCCAAAGUGGCCAAUAUCACGGUGCAGCUGGAGAUGAAGGCGCUGUGGGACGAGUUUAACCAGCUCGGGACUGAGAUGAUAGUCACCAAAGCGGGGAGGAGAAUGUUCCCGACUUUUCAAGUGAAGAUUUUCGGCAUGGAUCCCAUGGCUGACUACAUGCUGCUCAUGGAUUUUGUACCCGUCGACGACAAAAGAUACCGGUAUGCUUUCCACAGUUCCUCCUGGCUAGUGGCCGGUAAAGCAGACCCUGCUACGCCGGGCAGAGUGCAUUAUCAUCCCGAUUCCCCUGCCAAGGGUGCUCAGUGGAUGAAGCAAAUUGUCUCUUUCGACAAGCUAAAACUAACCAAUAAUUUAUUGGACGAUAACGGCCAUAUUAUUCUAAACUCGAUGCACAGAUACCAGCCGCGGUUUCAUGUCGUGUAUGUUGACCCCAGAAAGGACAGUGAAAAGUACGCCGAGGAGAACUUUAAAACAUUUCUAUUUGAGGAGACGAGAUUUACAGCGGUCACGGCAUAUCAGAAUCACCGGAUAACACAAUUAAAAAUCGCUAGCAAUCCGUUUGCGAAAGGAUUCAGAGACUGCGAUCCUGAAGACUGUUUUGUACCAUAUUUUAGGCCGAGAAAUCACAGGCCAGGAUCUUUACAGUUAAUCAGUGCUUUCGCCAGAAACAGAAACCCAGUGACAUCACCGCAGCAGAACGGCAGUGACAAAGAUGCAGACACCAGAGGUGACUAUGACCGAGAUCUUAACCGGACAGCCAUGCACCCGGAGCACCCUCAUCAGCAGCAGCUCAUGUCCCGGGUGCUGAGCCCGGCUCUCCCCGGCGGACUGCAUCCGCUCACUCGGCCAAGCCCUCCACACGAACUGCGGCUGGACCCCCACACGCAGUCGCCGGACAGCCUCCACCACACCUACAAGUACCGCUCAUACCACGAUGCUUACAUCGGUGCCAAAGCCAGGCCGGCCCCGUACCCGUUGUCUGGCAUAGCGAGCCAUGGCUACCACCACAUGAACCCCACUGCAAAUAUGUACCCUGCCAGUGCAGCACCCACUAAUUAUGACUAUGGGCACAGAUAACGUCAAGGAUUUCAUGCUAUGUACUUUUUUUUUGAAAUAAGAGAAACUACUAAUGCUGCAAACUAAAGAAGAUGCACAAAUCAAAGGGGGAAUUAUCUGUCUCAUUGCUUUAGCUGAACUGUUACCACCAUUUGCGGUUCAAGGGAGGUUCAUGUUGGUGGAACUCAGAAUAUUUCACUUGAUGGGUCAGUGACUGCACAGCAGAUGAUUGAUCGACCAAUCGCAGUGCAGCUGAAAGGAAGGCUUCAGUCGUGAUUGGCCCGCUCCAAGGCAACUUGUUAUUGUAGAGUUGUGAUUGGUUGCUUUCUUGAUUGAUUGACGCGUCGCUUCACCAAUCAGCGGCUGCAUCGCUGUAGAUUGAUGCCCAUGGCCAACCAAUUGGAGAAAGGCGUGGGUGGGACUUCUUGUCUCCCAUUGGUGCCAAGGGCGGUGUUAUCGCACGUGCCUGUAUUGGACAGCAUGGCGAAGUGACUUCAGCGAAAGGACUGCACUGAUGGCUGUGGAUAACAACGUAAAGCGGCAACUGGAGUUUUAUUUUAUUUGUACGGCAAAAGGUGUCGAGUUGCACUUUCAGCUUUGAGAAAAGCCAUAUGUUGUUUGUAACGGGGAGGAUGGCGACAAUUUCACAAUGGCACGAACUUAUCCAAUUAUCCACGCAGUUAAAGGCUUAACCAGUUUCUGUGCUAUAAAGAGUGUGCUUCGAUUGUAUCAGCAAUGCCUGUGAUCAGCCAGGCAAUACAAUCUUUUGAUUGUGUGUUAAUACCGUGGCCACGUAGAUAAAUAAAAUGAAAGCAGCACAUCACAUUCCCGGUGCAUUAAGUAUUACGUUUUAAACGAAAAUAAGAAAUGAUUUCAGAAACCACCAUGAAUUAUCUUAUUUCGCUCAGAUAAGUUAUGCAAUGCAAGUUUAAAGCUACCUACUGAUCCAAGCAUUUGUAAUAUUUUAAUUUAAUAUAUAUAUUUCUCUAGUUUUGUGUGCAGAUUGCAACUAAAUAUUAUAUUUGGGAAAUGGAUGUGAGGAUGUAUUUUACAUUUAUUACCGUGUUACUCUUUAUGCAGGCACCUGCGAUUAGACUAUCAGCCCUAACCGAGGCUCCAUAGCGUUACUUUCAUGUCCGGAUUUUAAAUCGCUUAUACUUUUAGUCCGUUCUGAUGUCUAUCAAAGAAUGCCCUAAUUUCUGCAUAUCUUCUGAAACAGAAAGGAAGACACAAACACAAUCGGUAAUUCUCGUUAUGCCAUGUUGCUAUUUGUGACAUGUUAAACUGUCUCUACACAACCACACGCACACAGACACAAAAUCACACACAAUCACAAAUACACACACGGUCACAAAAACACACACACAAUCACAAAAACACACACAAUCCCACAAACACACACCAUCACACACAAUCACACACAAACACACACAAUCACACACACAAUUACAUACACAAACAUGCACACAAUCACACACACACACACAAUUACAAAAACAUACACAAUCACACAUACACAUAUUAUUAUUCAAAUUAUAGUGCCAAAGUUUGGUCACGCUGAACUUAUCGCGGAAUGAAGUUGCUAUUUAUUAUUUCUCGCAAUGUGGAUAAUUCAAAUGAUUAUAUUAAAAAACACGGGGACUGUGUGGUGGAGUAACAGUAACCUAAAGGAUGGCACCUGUAAACAGGGAUAGUGUAGAUAAGUGUAGAUAGCUAACCCUGUAGAUACUGUAUAUUUAGAUAGUAACGUUACUUUUUAGUGGCCGAUAUUGUUUUAACGUUAAAACGAUGUUUGUUGUAAAAUGGCUUUCAUAUUUUUUUUAAAUGAACCAGCGUGUUGUAAUUUUCUAUAUAAACUGGUAAA